AUGAACGGUAGUGUUUCGGGUAAUUUUAUUAGUAACGUAAGCGUGAAUAAAAAUCUCACGUCACUCGAUGGCGGUAUCGAGUCGUUGUCACAGCUUUACAAUCUAUUUUACGAGAAUGCAGACCCGCGAAUGCGUGAUCGAUUCCUGAUGGGCAAGCCACAUUGGAUUAUUUUAUUUUACAUCAUCUACGUUGUGAUUAUAACGAGAAUUUUACCAAAUUUUAUGAAAAAUCGAAAGCCUUACGACUUCCAAAAACUCUCACUUUACAUCGAUGCCCUUUUGUUGUUCAUCGCUUGCUAUUUUUUCGUCAUUACGACAUACUCGUGGCUGUUCCUGUUCAAUUGGCGUUGUGAAGUUAUUGAUCGAUCAAAUUCAUGGACUAGUCGAAUGGCAGUCGAGUUUUGUUGGCAAUAUUUAAUGACGAGGUUCAUCUACACCCUCCAUAGUGUCCCAUUUGUCCUUAGCAAGAGGAAAAGUUCACUUGCAAAUUAUUUAAUUAUUCAUCAUGCAGUCUUUCCCGUCAUGGUUUGGUCAUUUAUUAAUGUCUAUCCUGGCGGGCAUAUUACAUUUGGUGGAUGGAUCAACUCGAUGACACAUGUUGGAUUAUUUGGAAUUAAAUUUGUCAUUUUGUAUAAUCCAUCAGUGAAGAAGUAUCGAAGACAAUUUCAUGUCUUUAUUCAUGUUUUCCAAUUCACAUCAAUCAUCAUCCAUUCACUUCAAAUGUUCAUAUGGAAUGACUGCGGUGUGCCGAUGUAUUUAGUCUGGAUGGAAGUCAUUUACGCCUUAAUUAUUGCAUCAUUUUACUACAUUUUUGUGAUUCACAAGUCAGACCCGAUCUUGUCACAGUAA